CUUUGACUCCUCCCGAAAACAAAAUAAGAGUAGAGAACGCUCUCGAAGGACAGAGUUUUUUGCUCGAAGUCAGGACCGUGUGGCGCGAACGCGCGUAGUUGACCGCGAAUCGUAUUUUGCGCGGUAGAUCUGGCUGCUUGCCAAGUGCUAGUCUAGUUGCCUUUUCCUUGUCGAGCAAGCGUUGCGUAUUUAUAUAUUGUUUCCUCUUUUUUAAUAAGGUUACGUUUAAUUGUUACAUUCCAUGUGUGUGUUUAAUCCCGAUGAUAGUGUCUGCCGCCGCGUGUUGGUCAGGUUACGGACGCAAGGGAAAUCGCAAUAAGGAGAUUCAGAAAAAUAGAACUCGCAACCUCUAAAGUGAAGGUACACGUCGUAUUCACCGUUAUUCUUCGGCUACAUCAGACCAUCGAACUGCAUACAAACAGACAAAAAUGGCGGAGGUAAAGUCGCGGCGCCUCGCGCAAACAGAAGAUUUAUCAAAUGUUGAGUUUGAAACCAGUGAAGAUGUGGAGGUCAUUCCGACAUUUGAUAACAUGGGACUCAGGGAUGAAUUGUUACGAGGAAUCUACGCCUACGGUUUCGAGAAACCGUCUGCAAUUCAACAAAGAUCUAUCAAACCUAUAAUGAAAGGACGAGAUGUGAUUGCACAAGCCCAAUCGGGUACAGGAAAGACGGCAACAUUCUCGAUUGCUAUACUACAGUCUUUAGAUACACAAGUUCGAGAAACGCAAGUCCUGGUUCUUUCGCCUACGAGAGAAUUAGCGACUCAAAUACAGAAGGUUAUUCUGGCAUUGGGAGAUUUUAUGAAUGUACAGUGUCAUGCAUGUAUCGGAGGUACCAAUCUAGGAGAAGACAUUAGAAAAUUAGAUUAUGGACAACAUGUUGUAUCUGGAACACCUGGCAGAGUAUUUGAUAUGAUAAAAAGAAGAGUUCUCAGGACAAGGGCAAUUAAGAUGCUAGUCCUUGAUGAAUCAGAUGAAAUGUUAAACAAAGGUUUUAAGGAACAAAUUUAUGAUGUAUAUAGAUAUUUGCCACCUGCGACACAAGUAGUAUUAGUAUCGGCUACAUUACCUCAUGAAAUCCUUGAAAUGACCAGUAAAUUUAUGACAGAUCCAGUUCGUAUUUUAGUUAAACGUGAUGAAUUGACAUUGGAAGGAAUAAAGCAGUUCUUUGUCGCUGUAGAAAGAGAAGAAUGGAAAUUUGAUACGUUAUGCGAUUUGUACGAUACACUGACAAUAACACAGGCUGUAAUAUUUUGCAACACCAAGCGGAAAGUAGAUUGGUUGACAGAAAAAAUGAGAGAAGCUAAUUUUACAGUCUGCUCAAUGCAUGGCGACAUGCCUCAGAAAGAAAGGGACAAUAUUAUGAAGGAGUUCAGAUCUGGUCAAAGUCGUGUACUAAUAACAACUGAUGUCUGGGCAAGAGGAAUAGACGUGCAACAAGUAUCGCUUGUAAUCAAUUAUGACUUACCCAACAAUCGUGAGUUAUACAUUCAUAGAAUAGGUCGGUCAGGUCGUUUUGGCAGAAAGGGUGUUUCUAUAAAUUUUGUUAAAACCGACGACAUCAGGAUUCUGCGAGACAUUGAACAAUAUUAUUCCACACAAAUUGACGAGAUGCCAAUGAAUGUAGCGGAUUUAAUAUAAAUAUUAGACUAAACGACUGUAUUAACUAAGAAUUUAAACAAAAACUCCCCUGUUUUUUCUGCAUUACUUUAUUUAUAAAAAAAGAAAAAAGUUUGGAACCUUUUGAAGAUUGCAAUUAAGUAUACACAUGUGCAUAUUUUUAGUCUUCAAAAGUUUUGUAUCAGAUGUCGUACUUAUUGUUAACUUAAGUAUAAUGUAUAAUAUGUAUAAUACAAUGUAUAGUUAACUUAAAUGUAAUUUGUAUUACAAUUUUUAUAUUGUAUUACAUCUAACACAAUAAAUAGAGUUAUGACAGGAAGAAA